AGGCUGCUCUCUGAGCUCGCAGUGAACUCCCAAUCAGAAACUCCACUGUUCUUUCUGGAAUCCUGCUUUUCCCCACAUGUUUGAAUGGACAGGAAGAUGAAGGAUGAAGAGUCAGAGGAGGUGGAGAUUGACUUGGGAGACUCCAGUGACCCUGAGGAAUCUGAAAAUGGUGAGGAGCCUCAAACGCUGUGGAGGGCCCCUCCUGCCCUGGAAGACGAAGAAAACAUUCACACUUCCACCCUGGUGGAAAUCAGUGAUACCAAACCUCUGAUUAAUGCCAGAGACCCCCGAGGUGUCAAUGACUGCCUGAAGGUGUCGUUUGAGGAUGUGAUAGCGGAGCCGGUGUCAGUGCGCAGCGGAGAUCGGGUGUGGAUCUGGAGCCAUGCCCUGUUUGAAGUGUCCAGGGUUUGGAUUUACAGGAUAGUCACGGUGCUUUUCGCCAUUCCCAUGUCAGUCAUCUCUGGUCUGCUGUUUGCCAUCCUCAGCUGCAUCCACAUCUGGAUGGUCAGUCCGUGCAUCCAGUGCGCUCUCAUCGGCACUCGCUGGCUGCAGAGUCUGUGGAGCAUCGUGCUGAGUGUCAUCGUGCGUCCUCUGCUCACCAGCGCUGGGAAAUGCUGCGGAGGCUUCAGCAUUCACCUGGCCAAAGAAUAAGACUCAAGCGUGAGAAGCACAUCCAGGCUGGACAUGUUCACAACAUGGACGGAUGCACUGGUGUUAAUGAGGACUUCACCCAUGCAGAACAUUCACAUUUUGCUCUUCACUGUUUAAUUAAAAAAAAAAA